CCCAAGAUUACCAGUGUAAACCGUUGCUGUGAACAAAAAGAAGAGAGAGUAAAACUCCGUCGAUGACAAUGCCCACGUGUAUACUCCUCAACAUCUUGUUCCUCUUGUGUAUCUCUGGUUCGAUUCACCUGGUUCGAGCUCAAAACCAAAUGGGAGCCACUAUUCAUCCGGAAGAAGCGGAAGCUUUGAACUCCAUCUUCGCGGCUUGGAAUAUUCAGGCGCCAAAGGAAUGGAAUAUAAGCGGCGAACUUUGCUCCGGCGCAGCCAUCAACGACAACAUUAUCAUUGAUGACAAAGCCUACAACCCUCUUAUCAAAUGCGACUGCAGUUUGGAAAAGUCUACACCCUGCCGAAUCACCGCCCUGUACACAAGGUCUAUGCGAUGGAUGUUGCAGGGCCUAUACCUCCACAGCUCUGGACUUUGACACACCUCACCAAUCUGAACCUGGCUCAAAAUUAUCUCACCGGACCCCUUUCUCCUGCAAUUGGACAAUUGGCUCGAAUGGAAUGGCUAACUUUUGGGAUCAAUGCCCUGUCAGGCCCCUUUCCAAAGGAAAUUGGUUUGCUUACCAAGUUGAAAUCUCUUGGUAUUGGUCGAAAUAACUUUGCCGGUUCUAUACCAGCUGAGAUUGGGAAUUGUACGGAACUACUAAAAAUAUACUUAUCAAAUUCAGGACUUAGCGGGGAAAUACCUUCCUCAUUUGCAAAUCUUGUAAACCUGGAAGACGCUGCGAUCACCGAUCUGGACAUUACUGGUAGGAUACCAGAAUUUAUUGGAAAGUGGACAAAACUUACUAUCUUGCAAAUUCUCGGAACUGGUUUGACCGGUCCCAUACCAUCGUCAUUUUCCAACUUAACUUCUUUGAGAGAACUGAGUCUUGGUGAUAUAUCCAAUGGAAGCUCUUCCCUUGAAUUCAUUAAAGACAUGAAAUCUCUAACUACACUAGUAUUGAGGAACAGCAUUCUCACUGGGACAAUACCCUCUAAUUUUGGGGAAUACUUAAAUCUGACACAAGUUGAUUUAAGCUUUAACAGACUACAUGGACCAAUUCCAGCUUCACUUUUCAACGUGUAUCAACUUACCUACUUGUUUCUGGGAAACAACACGUUGAAUGGUUCUUUGCCCACUAAAAAGAGCCAGACUUUGAGCAAUAUAGAUGUUUCGUACAAUGAUUUGGCUGGUACUCUUCCUUCAUGGGUCAGCUUACCAAACCUGAAACUCAAUCUUGUUGCUAACAACUUCACCUUGGAAGGUCUUGACAAGAGGGUUUUACCAGGAAUAAAGUGCCUGCAGAAGAACUUCCCCUGCAAUCGAGGAAAAGGAAUCUAUUCUGACUUUUCAAUCAAGUGCGGAGGGCCACAGAUACGAUCCAUAACAGGAGAAGUAUUUGAGAGGGAUGACGAGGAUCUUGGAUCUGCUUCAUUUUUCGUGAAUGAUGUUAACAGAUGGGCAACCAGUAGUGUAGGACUUUUUGCCGGGAAUAUCAAUAAUAUAUGGGUUAUCAACAGUUUGGGCGGAGAGCUUUUUCAGACAGCAAGACAUUCUUCAUCUUCACUAAGAUACUAUGGGUUGGGGCUAGAAAAUGGAGUCUAUACCGUAAAACUUCAGUUUGCUGAAAUAGAAAUACUUGGUACUAAUGCUUGGAAAGGUUUAGGAAGAAGACGUUUUGACAUUUAUGUCCAGGGAAGACUUGUUGAAAAGGAUUUUGAUAUACGCAAAACAUCUGGUGACACUACUGUCCGACCAGUUCAGCGAAACUAUAAAGCACAUGUAUCAGAAAAUUAUCUUGAAAUUCAUCUUUUCUGGGCUGGCAGAGGAACAUUUACUAUUCCUGUUAAAGGUACUUGUGGGCCACUAAUAUCGACCAUCAGUGCAAAACCAGAUUUUAUACCAACUGUGGGCAACAGACCACCAUCAAAGAAAAAAUAUACGACUGGUACUGUUGUGGGUGCUAUUGUUGGCCUAGGCCUUUUAAGCAUAUUUGCAGGCGUGGUUAUCUUCAUCAUCCGAAAAAGCAGAAAGCGUUACACAGAUGAUGCAGAGCUGCUUAGUAUGGAUGUAAAGCCAUACACUUUUGCUUACUCUGAACUUAAAAGUGCCACUCAAGAUUUCAAUCCCUCAAACAAGCUUGGAGAGGGAGGAUUUGGGUCUGUUUAUCGGGGGAACCUGGCUGAUGGAAGAGAGAUCGCUGUGAAAAUGUUGUCGGUUGGAUCCCAACACGGAAAGGGACAAUUUGUUGCAGAAAUCAUAGCAAUUUCUUCAGUAUUGCAUCGCAACCUAGUAAAGCUUUACGGGUGUUGCUAUGAAGGAGAUCAUCGCUUGCUCGUAUAUGAAUAUCUCCCAAAUGGAAGUCUCGAUCAUGCACUAUUUGGAGGGAUUCUACAUCUUGAUUGGUCCACCCGUUUCGAGAUAUGCAUGGGAGUAGCCAGAGGUCUAGCCUACCUCCACGAGGAGGCGAGUGUCCGUAUAGUACACAGGGAUGUUAAGGCCAGCAACAUUUUGCUUGACUCUAAGCUGCUCCCAAAAAUUUCUGACUUUGGGCUUGCAAGGCUAUACGAUGAAAAGAAAAGUCACAUAAGUACCCGAGUGGCAGGAACUAUUGGAUAUCUUGCGCCAGAAUAUGCCAUGCGAGGAAUCCUAACAGAGAAAACGGAUGUGUAUGCCUUCGGUAUUGUGGCUCUUGAGUUGGUGAGUGGAAGGAAAAAUUCUGAUGUGAACCUCGGGAAUGAGAAAAAAUAUCUUCUUGAAUGGGCCUGGAAUCUACACGAAAAUAGCUGUGAAGCUGAACUAAUUGAUCAUGAGCUGACUGAAUUCAACAUGGAAGAAGUGAAACGCGUGAUAGGAAUUGCUUUGCUGUGCACAUACUCAUCUCAUUCCUUGAGACCACCGAUGUCAAAAGUGGUGGCUAUGCUUUCAAGAGACAUUGAGGUCAGUGAGGUAACCUCUAAGCUAGGCUACCUAACCGACUUAAGAUCUGAUGACACCUCAGGCUCCUCUUUUAGCGCCUUUCAAACUAAAGAAACAGGUGCUACUGCGUAUAACUCGACGAGCUUUGUGAUGCCUAGUGACAGCGGCUAUAAGCAAAUGCUUGGAGUCAAGAUCAAUGAGGGGAGAUGAUGUCUGUUCUAUCUAUGAUGGGCUAUACAUGUAUGUCACUAUAUGAGGAUCACUAUUUUCUUCUUUCGCUGGAGAAACAUUUUCACUUUGAUUCAACAAUGUUUUAAGCACUUUUUCAUGAGUUUGUCCACUAGUAAUAGUAAUACUAAAAGUUUAUUUU